CCGACUUGCUGUGCAGGCGUGCAUCACAGGAUCAGUCAUUUCGGGUGCAGGCUGCACGCGGACAGCGGCUUUACUGAGAGCUUCGCCGAGCUCUGGCCUGCGGCCCUCGAGGUUCCCUGCUGCCCCCCCUUGGGCCCGUGACUGGUGUCUUCCUCACCGGCGGCGGGCAUGGAUCAGGACACCCCAGAGGAGGUCUUGGCCGACUUCAAGGAGAGGCGGCUGGGGGCGUGGGGCCUCCUGCAGAUCGCCGCGGGCACUGGGUUGGCAGCCUAUGGCGUGUGGGUGGGCCUGCUCAUGCCCGGCUUCAGGAGGGUGCCUUUGAAGCUGCAGGUGCCGUAUCUCCCUGCCAGCCGGCAGCAGGUGCGCAAUGUGAUGACGCUGUUGAAGGGGCGCUCAGGGGGCAUCGUAGAUCUGGGCUCUGGAGACGGCAGGAUAGUCCUGGAGGCGUACAAACAGGGCUUCCGGCCCGCUGUGGGGUACGAGCUCAACCCCUGGCUCAUCCGCCUCUCCAGUGUCCACGCCUGGAGAGCCGGGCACUAUGGGAAGGUGUCCUACCUGCGACAGGACCUGUGGAAGGUCAGUCUCGCGGAGUAUAAGAAUGUCACUGUGUUUCUGGCUCCCAGUGUGCUCCCGCUCCUGCAGGAGAAGCUGCUGGCGGAGUUGCCUGAGGACGCCCUGGUGGUCUCAGGCCGCUUCCCCUUUCCUGAGUGGGAGCCCUGCCGCGUGGAGGGCGAGGGGGUGGACCGGGCCUGGGCCUACCUCGUGCGGGAGUGCCGGGGCCAGCGUGCCGCCCCGAGACCCCCAGCAGCAGAGACC